AUGAAGAUCUCUGUGAAGACCCUCACUGGAAAAACAAUUGUCAUCGAGGUGGCGUCCUCUGACACGAGUGACAACAUCAAGGACAAAAUUCAGGAGAAGGAGGGCAUUCCCCCAGACCAGCAACGACUUAUCUUUAAUGGAAGAAACCUUGAUGCUGAGUGGACAGUUUCAGAUUACAAUAUUCAGGAGCAGUCCACCCUGCACCUUGUCCUGCGCCUUGGUGGUCCUUGUACCGUUUGUUGUUAUAGGUAUAUUAAUGUGCAGAUGCUCGCUGGCAAGACCAUCAGCAUCGAGGUAGAUCCAACGGACACGGUCGACACUAUCAGGGAAAAGAUUUGUGCUCCCCAGAGGCUCUUCUUUGCUGGCAAGCAGCUUGAGGAUGGACGGACAAUUGCAGACUACGAAUUUGGGAACAAUAUCACUCUGCACCUCGACUUUGGAAUGCAGAUUUUCGUGAAGAGUGCCAUUGGUAAGACCACCACUCUCCUGGUGGAGCCGUCUGACACGAUCGACAACAUUAAGGAGAAGAUUCAGGGCAAGCAAGGGAUCAUCUUCGAUGGGAAACAGAUCAUGUUUGAGGGCAGGAAGCUAGAUUAUGGGCAGUCUACGCUCGCCGAUUAUGAUAUCCAGGAAGAGUCCACCUUGCACCUUGACUUUGGCAUGGAGAUAUUUGUGAAGACACCCACGGGCAAGACCAUCACUCUUAACGUGGAUCCAUCUGACACAGUUGACAGCGUUAAGGAAAAGAUUCAUGGAAAUCAGAUUCUCCUCUUUGGUGGCAAGGAGCUUGAAAGUGGACAGACACUUGAGGAUUAUGAUAUCCAGGGAGGGUCAACAUUGCAUGUUGAGGAUUGUCUUACUGAAGGAUGA